AUGACACAACAAGCGCCACACGCCGAAGAUGCGCCAACUUCUCGAUUCCGGUUCAAUGCAACUCAGCCUCUAGACCGGCUUCAAGCUGCCCUUGCUAAGCCUGCGAAAGUCGAACUCGAGACCGAUCCUAUUCCCAGAACGAAUGUUGCACGCCGUCGAGCCUCAAAGAAGAUCUCCAAGCAACAGGAACACGGGAUUGGUGUGUCGGAAACUGUCGCCAGGGAUGAGACGGUUCUCUACCUCGCAUACGGGUCAAACCUAGCUUCCAAGACAUUUCGCGGAGUGCGCGGCAUCAAACCACUCUCGCAGAUCUGUGUACUUGUCCCCGAACUCCGUCUCACCUUCGAUCUUCCCGGAGUACCGUACGCAGAGCCUUGUUUCGCAGGCACACAAUACAGGGAUGUUUCUCCUCCAGACAACGACUCCGGACUCCGAGACGACGAGAGAGAUGUGUCGGGCAGUGAAUAUCUGUCAGAGAAGGCUGCGCUCACAAGUCGGACACGGCAGGUGGAGAAAGUGCCGGAUUGUGACAAGCGUCAAUGGCACAAGCCUCUAGUCGGAGUCGUCUACGAAGUCACACUAGCCGACUACGCGAAGAUUAUCGCCACAGAGGGCGGUGGUCGUGGAUACCGCGACUGUGUCAUCGAUUGUCAUCCCUUCCACCAAUCCUACGAUCCCUCCGACCCCGUCCCGGAUUACCCCACAACACCAGCCUUCAAGGCACGCACCCUGCUCUCUCCAGCUGCAGACGAUGCCCGGUUUGAAUCGCAAUCCCAGAAAGGCGAUGCGCUGCUGGCCAGUGGUCCACAGCUGUCGUGGUGGUAUACAAUUUGCUUGCAUUUCCGGCCGGAUCCUCACUACGCUCAGCCCUCGGCCCGCUACCUUGGAUUGAUCAAGGCUGGCGCUGCGGAACAUGAUCUGCCUGUUUCAUAUCGAGAAUAUCUUGCGCAGAUCAAAACUUAUCAUAUCACAACCACGCGCCAGAAGAUCGGGAAGGUGAUCUUCCUGGCUAUGUGGGCGCCUUUGUUGAUUUUGACUUUGAUGUUAUCCAGGGUGUUUGCGGGUCCUGAUGGGCGUAUGCCGCCGUGGCUGGUGGCUUUAGCCAAUAUCGUGUUUUCGUGUGUGUGGAAUAGCUAUGACUGUUUCUUCGCUCCUGUCUUUGGGGAUGGCGAGCGGACUCUAGAUGAUACCCGGGCCUGA